AUGACCCCCUCACGACUUCUUCUCCUUCUCCUGGUUCUCUCCACCGUGAAGACGGGCUGGUCCUUCAACGCCGACUCCAUCUUCAGCUGCCUCAGCUCUGCUCUCGCCCAAGCCAAGGAGGACCUCAUGGCUGAGAACUCUGUCCUGGAGAAGAGGACCUUCGUGGUCCCUCUGGAGGGCGACGAAGACUCCAACUCCUGGGAGGACAUGGGGACCGAGAAGGAGAAACGGACUUUCCCGGCCGUCACGCGCUACGUCUCCCUCGCCCAGUCCAAAGGGAAGAUCUCCCACAACCAGGCCAAGAACGACCGGCGCGCUAAGUUUACUCUUUCCUUGGACGUCCCAACCAACCUCAUGAACAUCCUCUUCCACAUUGCCAAGGCCAAGAACCUCAGGGCCAAGGCGGCCACCAACGCUCAGCUGAUGGCCCAGAUCGGCCGGAGGAAGUGAUGGGAGAGUCAGGAAAAGGUGGCCAAGGGGUAGGCCUCAACCCCACCUCCAGAUCUUCAGGGAUGGGAUUGUCCGCUGUCGUACGCCAGAGAUGGUCUCUUUUCUCCGUCUCUUGAAGCUCCCCGA